AUGGACAUCCCCACGGACGCCCUCGUCGAGAUCCUGGUGAGGCUGCCGCUCAUCGCCCGCCUCGAGGCCCGCCUCGUCUGCCGGCUCUGGCGGGAGGUCGUCACCCAGCGCACGUGGACGGACAUGCGGAGGCUCGGCAACAUCCUCGCUGUGGACAGCGAGGGACUCGCGCACUUCGCCGGACACGGCCGCAUGAGCAUCGUCGGCACCUGCAACCACAUCGUCUGCCUGUGCUACGACGGCGACUGGGGGGCCGGCUACCCCGGCGGCGACGUCCAGCUGGUCAACCCGGCGACCGACUACGGGUUCGGGCUCCCGGAGCUUCCACUGUCUGACACCGCCGUCAUGCGGAAGCCGGGCGGCUGGAGGUGGCACGAGACGUACGUCUUCGCGCGCCACCCAACGACGCGGCAGUACAAGAUCGUGCACGUCCCCUGCCACUUGGACCGGUUCUGUAACCCCGGCAUGGUGCAGGUAUUCACGCUGGGGGAGGCAUCGUGGCGGGAGGUGCAUGCCGGCCCCGACUCCAGGCGCGCCCCCGGCGCCUGCCGCCUCACCGACGUCGACGGCACGGUGUACUGGGUCACGAAGGGCCGCAGGAAGAUCAUGUCGCUCGACCUGGGAGACGUGCGCGUGAAGCCCGUCGAGCCUCUUCCCGUGCCUGUCAAACCGGCCCGCUGCCGUCGACGACAGCGACGACGCGGUGACGGUAUGGGUCCGUGCCUAACGAACGUGCACGGGAGGCUGGGGGCGGCCGUCGAGGACGACGACGACGAGUCGGUGACAGUAUGGGCCCUACAGGGCGAGCGGUGGAGCCGCCGUUACGUGGUGAAGGCGCACAGGCUCGCGAUGCCGUACUUCGCUCACGGCGACUGCGUCCUGACGCUUGGAAGCGCCGGCAAAAAGUUUGCCGUGUAUUGGCACAACGUGAGUGAAGCGGAGAGGUCACAGGGCAGCGUGGUGCAGAUCAGAGACAAGGACCGACACAACGGGGAAGUACUCUCUUCCUCUUACCGCAUCGACCGGACGUUUUCCUACGUCCGGACCACAGCGCGGCCUUGGUCGGUAACUGAUCGUGAAUCUGCAGGGGUUUCGUAG